UAUCUAUAUAUAUAUAUAUAUAUAUUAUGUUUGAGGAAAUUCGUAGCGAGUCGAAUAAAAUCUUAUCUAAAAUUAAUCUGAACAUAUCUAAAAUUAAAUAAACAUUACUUUAAUAUAUAUAUAUAUAUAUUUCUUUAUAGAUUUUUAUUAAUUUUGUUUGUUUUUAAUUAUUGGAAGUUUAGUUCAUUUCAGAUAUUAUUUUUCAUGAGUUUAAAUUAUGCAUUCAUAAAUAAAGUAGUAGUAUAAGAUUUCUUAAGUUUUGUAAUCCACUUUUUUUAAAUAUAAUUUUGAGUUUUAAUAAUUAUCAUUUAGUUGAAGGCAAAAAAACAAACAAACAAAAGUUUGUAGUUCGGUCAACGUUUGAGUUUAUCAAGGUUUUAAAAUUUUCCAAUUUUCCAAAGAUAUUAGAAACGCUGCCGACAAAGCGAAGGAGUAAAAAAGAAAGAGAAAAGGAAGUUAAGGUGUCCAAAAAAAAAAACAUAAUCCUUAUUUGUUUUGGAAAAAUAACCACCAUAAAGUUUUGUAUAUAUAAAGUAAUAGCGACCUCGGUUACAAUGAAUCAGAUCUAAGAUGAGUUGUGUUGAGUCGAGGAUGUCCAAUUACGGAUCGGAAGAGUCACGACCGCAGAAGAAAAGAAGGAAUGAGAAGGCAUCUCCGAGGUGGUGGUGGUCGUUGCCAGACGCGGUGGCUCUGAGCAUCGUGGCUCGGCUCACGAGAUUAGACCACGCGGCCUUAUCUCUAGUCUCCAAGAGACACCGCUCUCUAGUAGCUUCCCCUGAGCUCUGCCGCGCACGGUCGCUGAUAGGUUGCACGGAGGCAUCUCUCUACGUAUGCCUGAACAUCAUGCCUGACCCAAACCCAAGCUGGUUCGUCCUGACACGUAAUCGGCAGCUGAGGCAAAUCCCAUCGAACCCUUACCAGCCUCUAAGAUCAUCGUCAUCUUCUUUCGUAGUGGUGGAUUGGGGCAUUUAUGUAAUUGGUGGAAUCGUAAACGGCAAUCCGACUCCGGAUGUCUGGUUCCUUGAUUGUUAUUCUCACACGUGGCACCCAGUCCCGUCGAUGAAGAUGGCACGUGCCUCCGCAUCAGCAAACGUUAUAGACGGCAAGAUCUAUGUGUUUGGAGGGUGCCGAGAUGAGGCCAGCUCUGCAGAAGUAUUCGAUCCAAAGACCCAAACUUGGCGUAACUUUAUUUCGCCCAUAGGUAUCCAGCAAAGUGUGGUGGUACAAGGGAAGAAGAUUUACGCUGUUGACGAAGAGGACCAAAGCUUCUGCUCUUUGCCAAGUGAGUGUCCAUCCUGGACAAGCGGCAAAAGAGAUUGUAAGCCCGGAAACAGAAAUGAUUGGUGUGCCAUUGGGGAUUUAUUAUUUUGUCGUGGAACUCGAGGGAGAAUACUGUGGUGUGAGCCAGAUGAAUUGGAUUGGAAGGAAGUGAAGGGCUUGGAAGAGCUGCAAGAGUCUUUCUGUGGCUUGAGACACGUCAUGGAUUAUGGUAAAAAAGUUUAUGAACCCUGUAAACCAACCGAGAGAAAGGUCAAAUAUGAUAUUAGCAAACUCAGCUGCAACUCUUCCGGGAACAUUGUCAUCUUUUGGAACACCCAACUUGAAUAUCCUGAGGGUUUGGAGCUUAAGUCUGCUGAGAUUUCCUUUGAAAGGCACCAGGAAAGCGAGAUUUGGGGCAAGAUUGAGUGGUCUGGUGUUAUAUUGAGAGAUGAUCCUCUCUCACACUCAUAUAGCCUUAACUCUCGCCAUCAGUGGCUCAAAAGACGGUUCUGUUCACAUUGAGAAUAUAGUCACUGGAAAGGUUUGUUUUAUUGGUUUAUGAUCUGUAUCAUCUAAAUUGCCAAAUGUUGUGCUUUUAACCUUUUGCAUAACCAUACCAAACAGUUGUGAGCUCUCUGACUUCUCAUACAGAGUCAGUUGAAUGCGUGAAGUUUUCACCAAGCUCCGCAACUAUCCUUAUGGCUGCAACCCGUGGAAUGGACAAGAAGCUUGUAAUCUGGGAUCUUCAACAUUCAACUCCUAGGUUCAUCUGCGACCACGCGGUAUAACCCUCUUGUAGUUACCCUUACGAGAUAGAAUACAAAGAAGGUUCCUUCUGUGUGGUCUGAAUCGGUGCCAGUGUUCAACAACCUCAAAUCAUUAGCUGUUAAGAGUGACAAGGAUAGAGGAUGGCCAGCAAUUCCAGCUCUUCUAAGGAACUGUCCACAUUUACAAACUCUAGUCGUUAAGGGUCUCGUGCACCAUGUGACAGAUAAGUGUGGGGAUGUUUGUGACUGCAUCUCUCGGGAGGACAAAGGAUUUUCACUCACACGUUGUCCAGUAAAAGUGGUGAAGAUUCAUGGGUUUCAAGGAACAAUGAAAGAGGUGGCAACGAUACAGCAUUUUUUUGGAGUAUUUUCCAUCUCUGGAGGAGAUGGUGGUGGUCUAUUGUGUGAAGAAUAAUCCUACACAGCUACGAAACCGUCUCAAACUGAACCGAUCUCAAGACUGUAGAUUCUUCUUCUUGCUUGUUUUCUACUAUUUACCAUCGAUGGCUAGUUUUUAUUUGAUCAGUUAUACUUAUGGUUCGAGUUGAUAGCCACAUUAAAGUGUCAUUCUAUAGUUCUCCGAGUAAAUGUGCCUUGUGUUAAAUAGUGUGAUGAACGUUUGUCUUAAGAAUCUAAUCGUGUACAGUGAGUAACUUUGAUCAA